AUGCUGGAUGUGGAGGUCCUGGGCUGGUGUGGUUACACAUGGUCUACGGUUGUGAGGCUGAUAGGAUGUACUGCCAAAUUCUCUGAAACGCCUUUGGAGACGGCUUAUGGUGUGGAGCAGAACAGGGACAGUACAGCAGCGGUCCUGACCUCCUGUGAUUUUAACCAGAACAGCAAACCAUACUGUGACUUCACUCAGGACUCUACAGACAACAGCGACUGGACGAGACAUACAGGUCCAACCCCAACAGACAACACCGGCCCAAGUGGAGACUACCCCGAUGGAGAGGGAUACUACAUCUACCACGAGGCUGAUAAUGUGGCAAAUGAACAGAACGCUCGUCUGCUGAGCCCGAGCAUCACGUCACCAUCCAAUGAGAUCUGUGUCCGCUUUCGGUACUACAUGUAUGGCAUAGAUAGUAGAAACAUUUUGAAGGUUCUGGCGAAGAGGGCUGUUGGGGAGGAUGAAGUGUUUUCCAAAAAGGGGAUCCAGAGUCCAUCCUGGUUGCUGGGCUCUGUCACAGUGCCAAAACCAAGCGCAGACAGUGUUGUGAUUGUUUUCGAGCAUGUAAAAGGCUUCAGUGCUUCUUGUGACACAGCCCUGGACAACAUUGUUAUUACUGAUGGAUCAUGUGACUCUUGUGUUCACGGCUGUGAUUUUGACAAUGCUGAACUUUGUGGGUGGACUGUUGAAACUGAGAAUGAGGAACUAUUUGGAUUUGAACUUUGGAAUGGGCAGACAGAUGUCGAAGGAACCGGACCUGAUAGUGAUUUCUCCAAACCAGGAUUUGGUGAGUACAUGUUGAUGAACUCUGGGGAGGCUAUCCCUGGUGAGACGUCUCGGAUCAUAAGUCCUAUGACAACCCCAACCUCUGGCUGCCUGGACCUCACCUUCCACUACUACCUGUUUGGCACCAGCACCAACAUGGAGAUCAGCGUCCACACCGUUAACGCAGCUGGAGUCCUUGGAUCUGCUCUCUGGUCUAUCAGGGGAAACCAGGGUGAAGAAUGGAAGCCUGCAAAAGUCAGCUACCGGGGAUCUGCUGCCGUCAAGUUUGCUAUUGUGGGUACCUUCGGAGAAACUCUUCUGACUGAUAUUGCUAUUGAUGCCGUGUGUGUCUCGACCUGUGAAGACACACCGGUUACUCCAGGGCCAACAACUCCAAGGCCAACUACACCAAAACCAACAACUCCUGGGCCAUCAACUCCAAAACCAACAACUCCUGGGCCAUCAACUCCAAAACCAACAACUCCUGGGCCAACAACUCCAAAACCAACAACUCCCGGGCCAACUACACCAAAACCAACAACACCUGGACCUACAACGCCUAAACCAACAACUCCUGGGCCAACUACACCAAAACCAACAACACCUGGACCAUCAACGCCUAAACCAACAACUCCUGGGCAAACUACGCCAAAACCAACAACUCCUGGGCCAACUACACCAAAACCAUCAACUCCUGGGCCAACUACACCAAAACCAACAACUCCUGGACCAUCAACGCCUAAACCAACAACUCCAAAACCAACAACUCCUGGACCAUCAACGCCUAAACCAACAACUCCAAAACCAACAACUCCAAAACCAACAACACCUGGACCAUCAACACCUAAACCAACAACUCCUGGACCAUCAACUCCUGGACCUACAACUCCAAAACCAACAACUCCCGGGCCAUCAACUCCCAAACCGACAACUCCAAAACCAACAACUCCCAAACCUACAACUCCAAAACCAACAACUCCCGGGCCAUCAACUCCAAAACCAACUACUCCUCGACCAACUACUCCCAGACCAACAACUCCAAGGCCAACAACAGCCGAACCCCCAAAUCCAUGUCCACCUAAUGCAGAGUAUAUAGACUGCGGUCCAGCUUGUAUUCCCACCUGUAUGGAACCGUCCACCAACUGUACUGGCUCCUGUAUUAGUGGCUGCUUCUGUAAACCAGGGUUUGUCUUCAAGGGAAGGCACUGUGUGCCACUGGAGAAAUGUGGCUGCCUGGAUGACAAUAAUAACUAUUAUCAGCCCGGGGAGAUCGUAUUUGGUGAUGGCUGCUCGAAGCUGUGCCGCUGUGCCGGGAAUUACACUUUGGAAUGUGUUGAUAACUCCUGUGAUGUCACUGAAGAGUGUCGCGAGAUUAAUGGAGUUUCAGGCUGCUAUCCUAAAGGAACAUCUUCAUGUAUUGCAUCCGGUGAUCCCCACUACACCACCUUUGACAAAAAAAAGUACAACUUCAUGGGGAACUGCACCUAUUUGAUGUCUGCACCCUGCAACACCACAGAUCUGCAGUACUUUGAGGUCCAUGCAGACAAUGAAAAUCGUUUCAACAGGCCCACUAUCUCUUACGUGAAGGCAGUACAUGUGUAUGUACGCAAUGUGAAGAUCUCCAUCCUCAAAGGCGGUACUGUCCAGGUAAAUGGGACCAACGUCAACCUGCCUGUAACUCCAGCCCCUGGUGUCUCUGUGUACAAAUCCGGAAAGCACUACACUGUGUCCACAGACUUUGGUUUAACUGUUCGCUAUGAUGGAAACCACUUCAUGGACAUCAAAAUUAUUAAAGACUAUCGGGACUCACUGUGUGGGCUGUGUGGAGACUAUGAUGGAGACACCAAAGACGACUUCCGUAAACCAGAUGGAUCAUUGACCAGCAGCCCCAAUGAGUUCGGACACAGCUGGAACACUGAUCCAGAGUGUAACAAGAAACCCAACACCACCAUCCCUGGGUGUAAUGAAGAAGAACAGGACCUUUAUGAGAGCUCUGGAUACUGCGGCAUGUUGCUGGACAAAAAUGGUCCCUUCGCUGUGUGCCACCCCAAAGUCAACCCCAACAACUACUUUAGGGACUGUCUCUUUGAUCUUUGCGAGCUGGAUGGAGCCCAGCCCAUUCUGUGUGAAGCCAUCGAAGCAUACGUCAAUGAAUGCCAAGACCGCGGCGUCAACAUUGGACCCUGGAGGAAUGAAACCUUCUGCCCUCUGAAAUCCCCCAACAGCCACUACGAUCACUGUGCAGACUCCUGUCAGGAGACCUGCUCUGGGAAACCUCCCUCAUGCAGCGGUCCCUGCUCCGAGGGUUGUGUGUGUGACCCCGGCUACAUCCUGAGCGCCGGCAAGUGUGUGAAGAAGAGUUCCUGUGGGUGCAGUUAUAACGGACAGUACUAUGAGGAUGGAGAGGAGUUUUACAAGGACAACUGUCAGGAGAAGUGCAGGUGUAAUUCUCCCAAUUUGAACUGUACGGCCUCUGCAUGCCCCCCAAUGCAUGAGUGUAAAAACCAGGGUGGAGAUCUGGGAUGUUAUCCAAUCGGCUCAGAGGACUGCGUUGUGUCCGGAGAUCCUCACUACCACACCUUUGACAAGAAAUACUUCACCUUCAUGGGAACGUGCACCUACACACUCGCCCGAUCCUGCAAGAACAACACAGGUCCUUGGUUCUCUGUGGAGGGUAAGAACGAGGAGCGGGGAAUGUCAGGCGUGUCGUACCUGAAGAAACUCUACGUCACUGUGGAUGGAGUCACUGUGACCCUGAUGAAGAGCAGGAGGACUCUGGUGAAUGGACGGAGGGUGGCGCUCCCUCACUCUCCCUCCCCCCUCAUGUCUCUGAGUCUGGCUGGUCAGUACGUCACCCUGCAGACCACCUUCGGCCUGGUGGUGCGCUGGGAUGGCAACCAUUACGCUCAGAUCUCAGUCCCCAGCUCCUACUAUGACCAGAUGUGCGGCCUCUGUGGCGACUAUGACGGGAACGCGAACAAUGACUUCACCAAACCAGAUGGCAACCAGGCCGGGAACGUGAACGACUUUGGGAACAGCUGGCAGACGGAGGAGGAUGAGGAUGACUCGUGUACGCCAGGUACCAAACCAGACCCAGAGUGUGACCCCACUCUGGAGGCUGAGGUGGUGAAACCAGACAAAUGUGGCAAGAUCGAGGAUGAAGCUGGACCCUUCAGGGAGUGUAUCGACAAGGUGGAUCCCUCCCCGUUCUUUAAGAACUGCGUGUACGACAUGUGUCGGUAUAACGGAGCGCAGAACGUUCUGUGUGACUCUCUGCAGGCUUACACCGACGCCUGUCAGAGCGCCGGAGCCAAAGUGUACCCAUGGAGGACUCCAGACUUCUGUCCUCUGGCAUGUCCUCCCAACAGCUCGUACUCUUUGUGCGUGAGCUCGUGUCCGGAGACGUGUCUGGGCACAGGUGGCCCCCCCGGCUGUGAGGACGUGUGUGUGGAGGGGUGCCAGUGUAACCCCGGCUUCAUUCUCAGCAACGACAAGUGUGUGUCUCUGAAAGACUGCGGCUGUGUGGACGACAACGGAUCCUAUCACCCUGUGGGAGAUGACUGGUACCUGGAGGGCUGUGAGCAGAAGUGUCAGUGUCACGGUGGAGGUUUGAUUCAGUGUCAGAACACCAGCUGCACACCCGUCACUGAGACCUGUAAGCUGCAGGACGGAGAAUAUGAAUGUCAUCCUGUUGGAUCCGGUAUCUGCGUAGUAUCCGGUGACCCCCACUACACCACCUUUGACAAACGCAGACACAACUACAUGGGCGCCUGCUCCUACACCCUCACCAAGCCCUGCAAUGAGUCGUCCGACCUGCCGUACUUCACCGUGGACACCCAGAACGAGCACCGAGGAAGCAACAAGAAGGUUUCUUACGUCAGAGCGGUGAUGAUCUACGUGAACGGUGUGAAUGUCAUCCUCGGGAAGGGACGCACGGUGCAGGUCAAUGGGACUGUAGUCGUCCCGCCCGUCACCUCCAUCCCUGGAGUUCACAUCUACCUGAGCGGGAAGUUUAUCGUCCUGGAGACCACCUUUGGUUUGAGGGUUCGUUUUGAUGGAAACCACCACGCUGACGUCAGCGUUCCAAACACCUACAACGGCCUGCUCUGCGGCAUGUGUGGAAAUUUCAACCAAGACUCAAAAGACGACAACCUGAAACCAGACAACACAGCUGCUACAAACACCAAUGAACUGGGAGACAGCUGGCAGAUUCCUGACCCCCGUCCUGACUGCACCAACGGAGGAGGACAGGAGGACUGUGAUGAGGACGUGCAGGAGGAGGCCAUGAAGCCCACCAGCUGUGGAAUAAUCACUGAUCCUAACGGUAUCUUCAAGCCGUGUCACGCCGUGGUCCCCCCCAUGCCGUACUUUGAGAACUGCGUGUACGACAUGUGUGCGACGGGCGGUCAGGCUGUGGCUCUGUGCCAGGCCAUCGAGAGCUACGCCGACCUGUGCGCCUCUGCAGGAGUCCCCAUUGCCUGGAGGAACAACACCUUCUGCCCGCUGAAGUGUCCUCCUGGCAGCAGCUACACCCCCUGCGGCCCUGCCUGCUCCCAGCCCAGCUGUCAGAAUCCUGAAGGCUCUGGAGGCUCUUGCAACCACCCGUGCGUUGAGGGGUGUGUGUGUAACCCUGGUCUGGUCCUCAGUGGAGACAAGUGCGUCCCCCCCAGCGAGUGCGGCUGCACGGACGAGGACGGAAAGUACCGACCGGUCGGAGACUCGUGGUUCACGGAGCUGGACUGCUCAGAGCGCUGUAAGUGUAACAGCAACAACAACGUCACCUGUCAGCCAUGGAUCUGCAGCCCUGCUCAGGAGUGUAAGGUGGAGGAAGGCGUGCUGGACUGUCACUCAACAGGUAAAGGUGUGUGCCACGUGGCCGGAGAUCCUCACUACUACACCUUUGAUGGAGUGAUGCACACGUUCAUGGGCACCUGCACUUACACUCUGAUUCAGGUGUGCGACAUCUCCAAGGUGACUGACUUCACCAUCGUCGCCAAAAAUGAGGAGCGUGGUCAGCCCGAGGCCUCGUAUUUACGCUCUGUCAAAAUCUACCUGCCGGGCGACCAGGUGGUGGAGCUGCAGAAGAGCCGCAGAGUUCUGGUCAACGGACGGCGGGUACGAACCCCCGUCACCAUCGAGAAGGCCGGAGCCAAAGUGAUCACCAGCGGCUCCUUCAGUCUGCUCGACACAGACUUUGGUCUGCAGGUGAAGUUUGAUGGAGUUCAUCACCUGGAGAUCACAGUGCCCGGAGAUUACUUCAACAAGCUGUGCGGCAUGUGUGGAAACUACAACCAGAACGCUACUGAUGACAACCUGAAGCCCGACAAGACACCAGCCAAAGAUGCGAUUGAACUGGGGAACAGCUGGAAGGCCGAUGGAGACAGUGAUCCUGGCUGUACGCCUGACGAACGCCCCGACGUCCACCCCGACUGCACCGCAGAGGAAGAAGAGCAGUUUGAGGCUCAGUGCAGCUCAGUCAUCCUCUCAGACACCUUCAAGCCCUGCCACUCUCUGAUGCCCCCGGAGGCCUUCCUGGGUAACUGCGUCUACGACAUGUGCGAGUACGACGGCAUGCAGGCGACUCUCUGCGACAACGUGGAGGCGUACGCUCAGGCAUGUCAGAGCGCCGGCGUGACGAUCAGCUGGAGGAACAGCACCUUCUGUCCUAUGCCCUGCCCCUCCAACAGCCACUACUCAGACUGUACUGCCCCCUGCCCCCCCACCUGCUCCGACCUCUUCCCCAUCUUCUGCCACCUCCCCCCCACCACCUGUGUGGAGGGCUGUCAGUGUGACGCCGGGCACGUCCUCAGCGACAACAACUGCGUCCCUCUGGACAAGUGCGGAUGUUUGGGCGAUGACGGAGAAUACCACGACGUGGGAGACUCAUGGCUGACAGAUAAAUGUGCAGACAGGUGUACAUGUGAAAAGGGCGGUAAAAUCACCUGCAAAGAUCACACCUGUAACCCCAACACCCUGUGCUCCCUGGACCAGGGAGAGCUGAUGUGCCGACCCACCAAGUUCAGUCGGUGCACCGUCGCCGGGGAUCCUCACUACAGAACCUUCGACGGCUUCACCCAUCACUUCCAGGGUCCCUACACCUAUGUGCUGGCUCAGGGCCACAACCUGGAGAACAUGAACGUGGAUCACUUCCAGGUGAGAGGGAAGAACAUCCGGCGCGGUGGCAACAGGAAGGUGUCCUUCCUGGACCAGAUGUACAUCACUGUGUACGGCGUGGAUGUUCGGUUCUUGCAGAAGAAGGCUAUCCUGGUGAACGGGGAGCGUGUUGCUGCUCCUCUCACGCCGGUGGACGGUCUGACCAUCACCAUGAACUCCAGACAGGUGCAGCUCACCACAGACUUUGGACUCACAGUGCGCUUUGACGGAAACAGCCGAGGAGAGAUCAUCCUGCCAAGCACCUACACAAACCUGAUCAGAGGUCUGUGUGGAAACUAUGACGGGCUCACCAGGAACGAGUACAUGAAGCCGGACGGCGUGGUGGUCAGAAACCUCAACACAUUCGGAGACAGCUGGAGGGUCUCCGACCGACAGGGUGACGUAGUGAAGAGCUUCGACCGUCCUCAGACAGUCCACGUCCACAGGCGGGACGUCGAGACAGAUCCUGAUUCUGGAUUUGUGACGUCAGACUGUACCUCAGCUCAGCUCGAGGCCUUCAACAGCAAGACUCAGUGUGGAGCUAUGUCCGACCCUGAUGGUCUGUUCUCACGCUGCCACAAGAACCUCCCCCCACAAACCUACCACGAUGACUGUGUGUUCGACCUGUGUGCGGAGCAGGGCAGUAAAGAGCUGCUCUGUGCUAGCUACGAAGCGUACGCUACAGCCUGUCAGGAGACCUCAGUCAACCUGGGAGGCUGGAGGAAACAGCUGGGCUGUGUCCUCUCCUGUGGUGCAAACAGCACUUACUCCACCUGCAUGUCUCCUUGCCCCUCCUCCUGUGCCAACCUGGCGGCCCCCUCCGAGUGUACCGACUCGUCAUGUGCAGAAGGAUGCAAGUGUGACGCCGGCUUCGUGAUGAGCGAGGGCAUGUGUGUGCCAUACACGCAGUGCGGCUGCCUCUUCGUUGACAGAUACUAUCCUCUGAAGGAGAAGUUUGUGACGGAGGAUUGUUCGGAGACCUGUGAAUGUACCAAGACUGGAGCAGUGUGUCAACAAAAGGGCUGCGAGAAAGGAUACGUGUGCACCAUAUUUGAGUUCAAACGAGACUGCUACAGAGAGAGUCCCUGCCUCAGUUACCCAUGUGAGAAUGGAGGAACCUGUGAGAUGGGCAGAAACAGCACCUACACCUGUCAGUGCACUGAGGGCUUUGAGGGCUCCAACUGUGAGAACGAGAUCAUUGAAAGCGAUGGAGGACUCGAAGAGAAGUGGAUCAUCCUGAUCGCUGUGCUGGUCUCCGUCGCUGUCUUCGCCAUCUUGGUGACCAUCGUGUGCGUCUGCAGAAGAAAAUCCAAGAAUAAGAAGAAGAAGGAGUUGAAAACUAUCAGCAUGAAAUCAUCAUCAUCAACAAGUGUGCCUUACAAAAACAUAGACGAUGAAAGGAAAGAUAAGGUCACCAACAUGUGAGGACAAAUGACCACUCUGCAAGGAGAACUGAAGAACCUCUGUGAAGAUGAUAAAUCGCUGUAAGAAAUGAUGACUAUAGUUUUUAUGAGCUUGUGAAUAUUGUUGUUUUUGUUUUGCUUUCUUAACUUAUGCUUUGAAAUGUAAUUUUAGUCAGAUAUGAAAGUUUAAUUUUGAGGAAAUCUAGACCUCUGAAUGUCAUGUUAAUGUAUUUAUGAAAUAAAUGCUUUGAAGA